AAUAAUUUUUUUAAAAAAAUAAAUAAAAAGAAAAAUAAAUAGAAAAGAAAAGAUCACGUAAUCGUUAAUCCCUUAGUUACCAAAGUCGGUCUUUCGUUCUUAUCCCAAAUAUUUCAAUCCCCAAAAAUAAAGCACCUUACAUCAUCAUCAUCCACAUAAUCUCCGAGAUCUCUUUCCAUAUAAAUAAAUUUCUUCCUUUUUAUUUGAAGAAGAAAAAAAAUCCUCUUUGAUUCAUUUUAAACGAGGAAAUAAAUCAUUUCAAAUAUUUCUUUCUUCCUUAUCCUAUAAUUCUUUCCUUUAAUAGCUCCCAAUUUUUUCGAAUUUUCACACUAUAAAAUUUUUACUAUAAAGUUUUAUAUAUAAUACCCACAUGAAGUUCAUUGCUCUCAUCCUAAUCUACAACACCCACCGAUUAAAAUUCCCAAGAAAUAAAUAAUACCCAUUAAAAUUCUCAUCCUUCUCUUUUCCGGGUCUUGUUUGAUUUCCGCCAUUGUUGAAGAUUUAAGAAAAAAAUCAAUAAAAAAAUCCAGAAAGAAAGAAGAAUUCAAGAACCAUGCUUGAACGGCCGUGCAAAAAUCUCCUGAAUUGUUUGGAUGAAAUGUCACCGGAGUUAGACGAAAAGGUGGGAAGAAUUCCGUCAGUAAUGACAAAACCAGGGAUCAUUCCAGAAUUUGAUCACACGGCCUCAUCACCCCGUGCGAUUGACCAGAGAUUAAUCAUUGCUGCGAACCAACUUCCAUUGAAAAGCUUCAAAGAUGAUGAGGGUAUUUGCAAGAAAUGGAGAUUUGAAUUUGAUGAAGAUGCCCUAUGUUUGCAGCUAAAAGAUGGGUUAAACCCCAAAAUUGAUGUUGUUUAUGUUGGGUGUUUGAAAGUUGAGAUUCUUGAUGUUAAAGAACAAGAAGAGGUUUCCCAAUUUUUGCUGGAGAAUUUCAAGUGUUUGCCAGUGUUUCUUUCACCAGAAAUUCAGAACAGUUUUUACCAUGGAUUCUGUAAGCACUACUUAUGGCCUUUAUUUCAUUAUAAAUUGCCAAUUACAUCUAAUCAUGGUGCUGCUUAUGAUCAAUCUUAUUGGCGUGCUUAUGUUAGUGCUAAUAUGCUUUUUGCUCGCAAGAUAAUUGAGGUUUUUAGGUAUAGGAAUGGUGAGGAUUUUGUGUGGGUGCAUGAUUAUCAUCUUAUGGUGGUGCCUACCUUAUUGAGGAGAAGGGUUUUUAGGGUUAAACUUGGGUUUUUCUUGCAUAGUCCAUUUCCAUCAUCUGAAAUUUUUAGGGUUAUACCUGUUAGAGAAGAGAUUUUGAGGGGUUUAUUGAAUGCUGAUCUUGUGGGGUUUCAGACAUUUGAUUAUGCAAGGCAUUUUCUGUCAUGUUGUAGUAGGAUGAUGGGGUUGGAUUAUAGGUCGAAACGAGGUUAUUUAGGGGUGGAAUACUCUGGGAGAACUGUUAGUAUUAAGAUUUUGCCUGUCGGAGUUCAUAUGGGACAGCUGCAAUCUUUGAUGUCAUUGGAUGAAACUGCUAAGAGGAUUAAGGAGUUGAAGGAGAGAUUUGAAGGGAAGAAAGUGAUUGUGGGUGUUGAUGAUAUGGAUGUUUUGAAAGGGAUUAGUUUCAAGUUUAUGGCUAUGGGACAUCUUUUGAAUUCACAGCCGAAGUUGAGGGGGCAAUUGGUUCUUGUUCAGAUAGCUAACCCAGCAAGGAGCCGAGGGAAUGAUGUGCAAGAAGUUGUAAAUGAGACCCAUCAGAUUGCCAAGGAGGUUAAUGACAUGUAUGGCACACCGGGGUAUGAUCCGAUUGUUUUUAUCCAUGACUCUGUUUCGACCCUAGAGAAGGUUGCAUACUAUGCGAUAUCUGACUGUUGCUUGCUGAAUGCGGUGAGGGAUGGGAUGAAUCUUGUGCCUUACAAAUACACUGUUUCUCGCCAAGGUAGUCCUGCAUUAGAUGCUGCUUUAGGGGUCGACUCUUCUGUGCCUAAGGAGAGUGUCAUUAUUGUCUCAGAGUUUGUUGGAUGCUCGCCAUCUCUUAGUGGAGCAAUAAGGGUCAAUCCAUGGAAUGUGGAGGAAGUAGCUGAGGCAAUGCAUCUGGCAAUUAAUUUGACAAAGAAGGAGAAACAGCUGAGGCACGAAAAACAUUACAAGUAUAUUAGUUCUCAUGAUAUUGCUUAUUGGGCUAAGAGUUUCGACCAAGAUCUUGUGAGAGCUUGUGGUGAUCCCUUUUCCAUGAGGUGUUGGGGUGUUGGCUUUGGUUUGAAUUUCAGGUUAAUUGCCCUGCCUCCUGACUUUAGGAAGCUCACAGUCGAUCACAUUAAAGCUACAUAUGCAAAUUCAAACAGUAGGCUGAUCUUGCUAGACUAUGAUGGAACUAUGAUACCACAGACAUCUGUUAAUAUGGCACCUACUCCUGAAGUUCUGUCCCUCUUGAAUAGUCUAUGCAAUGAUCCGAAAAAUGCCGUCUUCAUUGUAAGUGGAAGAAGCAGAGAGACUCUCAGCAAGUGGUUUUCUGCCUGUGAAAAGCUUGGGAUUUCGGCAGAGCAUGGAUAUUUUACCAGGUGGAGUCAGCACUCAGAAUGGGAGUCAAGUGUGUUGGGAACAAAUUUUGAGUGGAAGAAAGUUGUAGGACCAAUAAUGGAGCUUUAUGCAGAAGCAACUGAUGGUUCUUCCAUAGAGUACAAGGAAAGCGCAUUGGUGUGGCAUUACCUGGAUUCUGACCAUGAUUUUGGGGAAUGUCAGUCAAAGGAAUUGCUUGAUCAUUUGGAAAAUGUGCUGGCUAAUGAACCCGUCGUUGUAAAACGUGGCAAGCAUAUAGUCGAAGUGAAACCACAGGGAGUGAGCAAAGGAGUCGUGGUGGAAAAACUCAUUACAACUAUGAACAAUAUGGGUAAACCGAAAGAUUUUGUCCUGUGCAUAGGAGAUGACUGUUCUGACGAAGAUAUGUUUGAGGGUAUCAGUCAUGCAGCCACAAACCCAUCAUUGCCACUAAUCCCUGAAGUGUAUGCCUGCACAGUUGGUCAGAAACCAAGUAUGGCAAGAUACUACCUCGAUGAUAGUUUUGAAGUCAUCACCUUGAUUGAGGGCCUUGCUGGUGCAUCUGCAGUGCAACAACCAAAGGCUGCUGAUGCAUCUACAGUGCAGCAACCAGAGCCCACUGAUGCAUCUGCAGUGCAGCAACCAGAGCCGACUGAUGCACGCAGUGCAGCAACCAGAGCCUGCUGAUGCAUCUGCCGCAGUGCAGCAACCAAAGUCUUCUGAUGCUCAAAUUGCUACUGAUGAUAGCAAAGUUCUUCUAGAUUAGAAUUUACAGACAGAGUAAGAGAAAGGGUAGGGGCAUAAAAGAAUUCUGUACAGCAACGUAUAUGAUUUUUGUUCAAGUAUCUAGGAUACAUUUUUUAGGAGAUACAAGUGCAUAGGUUCUGUUUUGCAGAAUAGCUGAUAGUCUGAUACCAUCUUCUUCAUAGGCGUAAGACAGUUUUACAAGCUAUCAAUUCUUUUUAAUUAUAAUUGUUUUGCUAUAAUGUCCAGCUGCUUGCAUUUUCUAUGCUCGCAACUUGGGUUUGGAGUUUCGAUUUUACAACAGCUUAUUUGUUCACCUAUUUUUUCAA